AUGAUAGGCCGGCUGGGGAGACGAGGUGGAUGCCAAUGGCGCGCAGAGGAACGAGGCGAGUGGUGGCCCGAAAUAGACGCCCGGGAGAAGUCGAUAGAGGAUGUACAGAUGAUGCGACCAGAAGCUUGGUUUAUGGGCAGCUGUGAUUGCAAUGCCUCGUGCUUAUCCUAUUGCGCUCUGUCUCUGUCUCUGUCUCUCUUUUCUUUUGUUGCCGACGUAAGAUGGGUCAGAGGAUGA